CCCGGGGUGGAGUCAGCCUCCUCCUCCGCAGCAGCAGCUCCAGCCUCCCGACGUGAGCUCAUUUUGAUUUCUGUAGCCUCCAGCUUCACUCCGCUGUCGGAGAGGCCUUGAUCCAAAAAGAGCUGGAAUGAAAACAAACAACAUUUAGGAAUAUUUUACACGUUUUUCAUCGCUUGUAUACCAACAGAGAAUCAAAGAAACGACAGUAUGGGGGCCUAUGAAGAGAAAAAGGAAACAUGUGGAACCAUCUGCCUGAAGUACCUCCUGUUUACGUUCAACUUUCUCUUUUGGCUGGCAGGGGGCGUUGUGAUGGCGGUGGGAGUCUGGACCUUGGUCGAGAAGAGCGACUACAUCAGCCUUCUCUCCUCCAUGACCUACGCUGCCUCCGCCUACAUACUGGUCCUGGCUGGAGCCAUCGUCAUGGUAACAGGCGUGCUGGGCUGCUGUGCCACCUUCAAGGAGCAGAGGAGGCUACUGCGAGUGUACUUCGUUCUGCUGCUGUGCAUCUUCCUGUUGGAGAUCCUGGCUGGCGUCCUGGCUUAUAUCUACUAUCAGCAGUUGAACGAGGAGCUGAAACAGAACCUGAGAGAGACCAUGACCCAGAAAUAUCAACAGAGCACCCACGAGCACAUCACAGGGGCCGUGGACAAACUGCAGCAGGAGUUCAAGUGCUGUGGCAGCAACAGUUCAUCCGACUGGGCCGAUAGCGUCUGGAUUCGCUCCAGAGGCGCCAACGGCAGAAUCGUGCCUGACAGCUGCUGUAAGACUCAGACUGAGUUCUGCGGCCGCAGGGACCACCCGUCCAAUAUCUACAAGGUGGAGGGGGGCUGCAUCACUAAACUGGAGAAAUUCAUCCUGGACCACCUAAAGAUCAUCGGAGCGGUGGGUGUUGGGAUUGCCUGUGUACAGGUCAUAGGGAUGAUUUUCACAUGCUGCCUAUAUCGAAGUCUAAAGGCAGAGCCGUACUAAGAGAAGCAGAAAGAAGAAGAAAGUGUGUUGGUAAAGGAGGUACCUUCAUCACAACAUGCCAAACUCAAAUAGCCCAUAGGUUCUUUUCUUUGCCCUGCACACACCGGGAAGGAAAAUUUGGCGAGGGGUCAAAAUGCACGUUGGAGGAUCUCAUUUUGUAAACAAAGGGUAGAAAAAGACUACAAGGUAUCUUGAAGUAAUUAGGCAUUAAAAAUGCAGCAUCAGCUUCAUCUUCAAGAUCUCAGCACUGUGUGGAAAGCCUCAGUGAGAAACUGAGGGGAAUCUUAACACAUUAGUGUGUAAAUUAGUGUGAUUACAGCCUCAUUGGGACUCAAACAUUGUAGUUUUUUUCCAAUCAGUUUCCCCGAUAUGCGUUUAUGUUUGCAGGCAGGGUGCUGCGCCAACAGUGUUGUAAAGACCGGCAGAGGAAAACUGGCACUAGGCAGAAAAUGUAAAUUCUCGUUGCAGUGUCUUUCCAGCCCGGUCUAACAAGCCGCCUCUGGGGCCUUCUUCAUCUGCAGCAGCAUUUUGUUUCCACACUAACCUGCCCGUCAUUCAUUGUCAAUGUUAUUGAAUAGUGGCCUUUUAAACUUUUGAACUGUUACUCUUAUGUGUUAUAAAUGAAAAAAAAAAUGUAACACUUGAGGGGCUUUCUUCUGAGCAAUGAGGAUUUUAUUACUCAGUGUGUCUUCAUAGUGACAUGUCAGUGUUAACCAUGUUUUUAUUCAACUUCAAACCCUGCUGAGUUGAACUCAGUGUUGAUGCACACAUUUGUGUUUCUGAAAAGCAUAUUUGUUUCAGUUUGAUGUAGCAAGUCAAGCAUUUUAACCUCUAUGUUACUACUCUACUACUGUAUCCUGAUAAAGCCGUUUUGUGAUUGUGAUAAUGAAACAAUCAGUGCCUCUAGUGAUGCUCAUAAGAAAGUGCCUCGUGUUUGCGUAUUUACUUCAUCUUUUUUGUAUGAGGGAUUUAUCCACUGAUGCCAAAGUUGUGGACUGUAACUUUGUGUAAGGACCUACUGUAUCUCCUCCAGCCUUAUUCGCCUAUCUACUGAUGCCUCUUUUUUACAUUGUUUUCAUAAAUGAAGAUUUUGUUUACUUUUCUAUAGACCUUAAAUAUAUUAUUGUAUUUAACUGACACGUUGUAGAAGAUGAUCUUUCACUCACUGUUAGAAACGAUCCUUUCCUGUGUGCCUCAGAGACGACACUGAAUUAAUCUGCUGUAAUUUCUCUUGAUGAUAAUCCGGGAGUUAUUGUAGUUUGAAUAAAUGUUGAUCACCAAAACA